AUGGCGAGCCCCGAGACGGUACCGCGAGACCUCGACGAGACGACCGUGACAAUCAUCCAAGACACGCCCGAGCGCCGCCUGGCCGUGCUAGGCGAGAUAGACGAAGCCUACGGCCGCGACGUCCGCGCCGGCGCCAGGAAUCACCUUUCACCGUGGCCGCGUCACGCCUCCGCCGCGCGGGCGCGACCACACAACGAAAGAGGCCCGCGCCGGCCCGCGCCGCCGCCGCGCGAGUUUUUAAAAGGCAUUUUCCCACGCCCGGCCUCCGACGCAGGUCGCGCCCGACUACGCCCUCACGGUCCAGCGCCACGGCUUCACGCCGGCCUGGCGCGAGAAGAUGGUCGGCUGGUUCGAGGGCCUCCAGCAGGCUUUUAAGUUGGAGCGCUGCACCGUCGCCGCCGCGACGGACUACCUCGACCGCUACCUCUCGCAAAAAUCCUGCACGCCCCUCAAUUUCCAGCUCGUGAGCGUGGGCUGCCUCUUCCUCGCGACGAAGGUCGAGGAGCAGCGGCCGCUCACGACGUCGGACCUGUGCCAAUUAACAGAAGGCGUCUUCACGCGCGAGGACAUAAGACUCGUCGAGCUCGAGCUGCUCUGCGUCCUGCGGUGGCGCCUCCACCCGCCCGCCAUUGAAACGUUCGUGGGGCUCUUCGUCGAGUUGUACGAGGGCGCGGCCAAAAGUAAAGUGGAGGCGAGCGCGCUCGCGUACGCGCGCGCGGCGCGCCGCGAUUUGGGCUUCGUGGGCGCGCGCGCGGCCGUCGCCGGCGCCGCCGUCCUCGCGGCGCUGCGCGAGCACGACGCGCCGCGCGCCGCCGCUAUCCAAUGGUCGGAAAAAUUGCAGGCGGCGGGGCUCUUCGGGCCCCGGCCCCUCGACGCGCUCGCGGACUGCUGCCUGCGUCUGUUGGAGAAGGUCGCGCCGCACGUGCCGCGCGGCGACCGGUCCGCGGCGACGCCGCCGGCGCCGAAGCGCGGCCUCGACGAUCAUGAUAGCGAGGUCGCGCGCGCGCUCCUGCGCGGCAAGCAUGGCGUCGAGGACGACCCGCACCGCACGGUCUCGCCGACGGACGUCACGGCCGACGUCUACGCGGCGGCGUGAAGCGCGCCGUCGCCCCAUCCGCGCGGGCUCUCGGCGCGCGCCAUCCGCGCCGGGCCCUCGCAUUCGGAGGAAAUCAUUAUCGUCCCCAUCGUCCCUCCCCCUACGCUGACGUCGAAGCUCACCAGUCACCACGACCAUACCGCCCGCGCCUGCACAAAGCGCGGAAAGUACACCCCCCCGCCCGGGCCGGACGCCCGGAGCCUAUUUGGCCGGUCGCCAUAA